AUGGCGACCCUUCAAGUCGAUUGGCGCAGUCCGAAGUCAAAAUUCCUGAGUAACAUCAAGUCACAGAGCAAGGCUUCUAAUCCGAGGCAGUUGGUGGCUCACUGCAAGAAUCUCUUCCUCGCGUGGAACCCUGGCACGGGGAGCCUGCAUGCGGUCGACGUCAACUGUACCGAGGACCACUCUUACGAAUUCGUUCCUUCACGAAAACUCGCUUUCAAUGUGGAACAGAUCGAAAGCUCGCGCAGUGGUGCCCUACUCCUCUGGGGGCCUGGAGGAGCAGCGGUUGUGGUUCUCCCGGAUGAGAUCGCGAUGACGAAAAACUCCUCGACCAAGUGCAAGACAUUUCCAAUUGGUGAGAUAAUCCUCAUCCAGAUUGCCGGUCUCGAGGUGCUGGCUGCGAAGUGGCUGCCCGAUUCCGUCAACGAGGUUGUGCUGCUCACCAACGAUAAUUGUCUUCGACUCUUCGAUAUAACGUCGAGGGUCACCCACGCUCUGAAAGCAGUUCACCUGCUGGAAAGGCCGUCCUCGUUGACGAAAAUCAACUUCAUGAUUUCGGCAGUCACAGGCGGACAGAUAAUAGACUUCGACUUCGGAAGAUCUCCAGACGAAGUUUUUUGUCUAUCGACAGCGGGGAGCGUCUACCGGAUCACAAACUUCACCAAAGACAAAGCGUGUGUUUCGGACUCGUUGCUGAUGCGGCCGAACAUCGAUGACACUUUCGGAUGCGACGGAUAUUCUCUGUUAACCUUUUUACUCGGUCAAGUGGUGAUGCUCGUGGUUGCGGGCACGGCCGGUACGCUGUACCAUUGCAUCGUAUUAUUCAACGAAGAUGAUGAAGAGCAGCCCACCCUCCAUGUGGCAGAAAAGAUAACCCUGAGCCUCACCUUGGACGACAAUGUCGACGGUUACCGCUGCCCAAUGAUUCUCGAGAAGGACGAAUCGGUUCUAUACAGAUACUUCUGUAUCCACGAUUCCGGCGUUCAUGUAGUCGCUGUCCCCCUGAACGAAAUACUAGAGGGAUACGUUGGUCAUUCAGCGGAUUUGGACGCUAGCGUUGUGGACAAGGAUGCUUCCAGUCACUCGAUAGCGGAACAAGUGGUUUGCACCCGGACGACCGAAACUUCCCCAGAGGACCCUCCGCUCGGAGCCUGCGUGAUCCCAACUUAUCCGUCCCCGACCCUCGUGGUUUUGACAUCCGAUGGGAAACUUAUCGACAUAUCCUUGUUGAGAUAUCGGAUUUGUCCCUUGGAACCGACGAAGAAUCUUCUCUGUGAGGACUUGGGUAAUGUCGAGAACCGUAUCCACCAUCCACUGACCGACUUCGAAACUGAAAUUAAGGUCAUCUUGGGGGGAUCGAGAGUGCCGGCGCUUGCUCAGUCUGAUAAGACCAUGAAUCCGAAGGAGCUCUUGGAGCUUUCGCUGAAAACGACGCAGCGAUUUCGGGAUCGAUACCUAGUCCAGAUGUCCGCGGUUCUCAGAUUGCUCGAAGAGAAGAGCCGUAUCGUAGUGGAGACCAAGGACGAGCAGCGGAAGGAGAUGGAAGUGAUAGCCAAGGAGAUCGACACCAUGCAAAAAAACAUGAUGAAGCUCAGAGAAAAAUACGACUCGGCUCUGAAAAAAUGCAAUCUCAACACAGUGAGACUGCACGAGAUAAUUCAUUAUGUCCAACGCAAAAAUCCAUCGAAAACGGAUCCCCAGAUGAUCAACGAAGUUGAAGCGCUUCAAGGCCGUGCCAAAAGAGUCGAAAGCGUUUUGGAAACUACUUGUGAGCGUCUGGACGAGCUGGAGGAUCUGAAAGCGCUCAACGGGUCGACUCUCGAUGGAGCAGCAGAGCCCGUCGGGAAACUGAAUGAAGAACAGCUCGAGAAGCUCAUGACCAAGCUUAAGAACAACGGAAGCGACAUCGAGAGAUUGGUUCGGGAGGUGAAAGAUCUCCUAUCCGAAGUUUCGUGAGUUCGUCCCACUCCCGGAGUAUGUUGGAAUCGUUCGCGUCUGGUGUAACAAUGAAGCGAAACUCUCCCGAGAAGUUUUCGGAGGGGCUUCUUCAGCUCGGAUCAAGAAGACAACGCAGGCACGAGAAAUUCAAGAAAGUUAUGGAAUAGAAUUCAGUGCCCGGUUCAGGCAUUCGAUAAAGAAGCCCCCUGUCUCUCAUGGCCCGUCUCGGUGACGUCGAAUGUUUAUUUUAUCCAAGUCGCUCCC